AUGAAGUACGUGUUGGUGACGGGAGGAGUGGUGAGUGGGCUGGGUAAAGGCGUGACUGCCAGCAGCAUCGGCCUUAUCCUCAAGGCCUGUGGCCUUCGCGUUACUUCCAUCAAGAUUGAUCCUUAUUUGAAUACGGAUGCGGGAACUAUGUCUCCUUUUGAACACGGAGAAGUGUUUGUUCUCGAUGAUGGUGGGGAGGUGGACCUGGACCUUGGAAACUACGAGCGGUUUCUGGAUAUAAAACUGACACGAGACAAUAACAUAACGACCGGAAAAAUUUACCAGGCAAGUACUUCCGUAAUCGACAAGGAGAGGAGGGGAGAUUAUUUAGGGCAAACAGUUCAGGUUGUGCCUCACAUAACUGAUGCCAUCCAAGAGUGGAUUGAACGUGUUGCUGCUAUACCAGUGGAUGGGAAAGAGGGCCCAGCUGAUGUUUGUGUUAUAGAGUUGGGUGGGACUAUUGGGGAUAUUGAGUCGAUGCCCUUCAUCGAGGCUCUUGGACAAUUUUCAUAUCGAGUUGGUGCUGGGAAUUUUUGUUUAAUACAUGUCAGUUUAGUGCCUGUUGUAACUGUUGUUGGUGAGCAGAAAACAAAGCCAACUCAACACAGUGUUAGGGGACUUCGAAGCUUGGGUCUGACACCAAAUAUUUUAGCGUGCCGCAGCACAAUGGAACUUGACGGAAAUGUCAAAGAAAAGCUUUCUCGUUUUUGCCAUGUUCAGAUAGAUAAUAUAAUCACACUCUAUGACGUUUCCAACAUCUGGCAUGUGCCUUUGCUUUUGAGAGACCAGAAGGCCCAUGAGGCAAUUUUGAAGGUUCUGAAGCUCAAUAGUCAUGCUGGGAAACCUGCUCUCGAGGAAUGGACAUCUAGGGCAGAUCUGUGUGAUCUGUUGAACGAGCCUGUUAGAAUUGCUAUGGUUGGUAAAUACACGGGACUUGCAGAUUCUUAUCUCUCUGUGCUGAAGGCUCUUUUGCAUGCUUCUGUUGCGUGCCAUAGAAAAUUAUGCAUAGAUUGGGUUCCCGCAAGUGAUCUUGAAGAUGCUAGUGCAGAAGAGAAUCCUGAUUCUUAUGAAAAUGCUUGGAAAUUGUUGAAGGGGGCAGAUGGAAUAUUAGUUCCUGGAGGUUUUGGUGACAGAGGAGUGGAGGGUAAAAUCCUGGCUGCAAAGUAUGCCCGUGAAAACAAGGUCCCGUAUCUUGGUAUAUGUCUGGGAAUGCAAACUGCAGUAAUUGAAUUUGCUCGAUCUGUUCUUGGACUACAUGAUGCAAACAGUACAGAAUUCGCUCCAAACACACAGCACCCUUGUGUUAUUUUCAUGCCAGAGGGUUCAAAAACACAUAUGGGAGGCACUAUGCGUCUAGGAUCAAGGAGGACAUACUUCCAUUGUACCUCGAGUAAAUCGGCAAAGUUAUACGGAAAUAGGAGUUUUAUUGAUGAGAGACAUAGACACAGAUAUGAGGUUAAUCCUGAUAUGGUUCAGCAACUCGAACAUGCCGGUCUCUCUUUCACUGGGAAAGAUGAAAGCGGAUGUCGCAUGGAGAUAGUUGAGCUGCCUAGUCAUCCUUACUUUAUCGGAGCUCAAUUUCAUCCUGAGUUCAAAUCACGACCAGGAAAGCCCUCCGCCCUUUUCUUAGGACUUGUAGCUGCGGCUUCCGGUCAGCUAGAUGCCUUGUUAAAGAAAGGUGCAACAAAAACAUGCAGGAUGAGCAAUGGUUCCUCAACAAUAAAGGCACACCUCUAUGAGAAUGCAACUAAGAUAGCAGCUAAUGGGUCUUACUGCAAUGGGAAUGGUUUACAUGCUUGA